AAGUGCUCCCCUGCGCGCGCCCGCCGGUCCGGGACUGUCAGCCAGCUCCGCCCCAAGGUGGCUUGAACUUUGAGCCUCUUGCAGUCCUGAUGAACAGGUUCGCUUUCCUCACGCUUAUGACUGGAACUUCAAGAACUGGAGAGAUUAAAAUGGCUUCCAGAGGAAAGACAGAGACAAGCAAAUUAAAGCAGAAUUUAGAAGAACAGUUGGAUAGACUAAUGCAGCAAUUACAAGAUCUGGAAGAAUGCAGAGAGGAACUUGAUACAGAUGAAUAUGAGGAAACCAAAAAGGAGACUCUGGAGCAACUAAGUGAAUUUAAUGAUUCCCUGAAGAAAAUUAUGUCUGGAAAUAUGACUUUGGUAGAUGAGCUAAGUGGAAUGCAGCUGGCUAUCCAAGCAGCUAUCAGCCAGGCCUUUAAAACCCCAGAGGUCAUCAGAUUGUUUGCAAAGAAACAACCAGGUCAGCUUCGGACAAGGUUAGCAGAGAUGGAUAGAGAUCUCAUGGUAGGAAAGUUGGAAAGAGACCUGUACACUCAACAGAAAGUGGAGAUACUAACAGCUCUCAGGAAACUUGGAGAGAAGCUGACUGCAGACGAUGAGGCCUUCUUGUCAGCAAAUGCAGGUGCUAUACUCAGCCAGUUUGAGAAAGUCUCUACAGAUCUUGGCUCUGGAGACAAAGUUCUUGCUUUGGCAAGUUUUGAGGUUGAAAAAACAAAAAAAUGACAUGGUGUGGAAGCUUGGGACAGUGAUCACAUUCUUGUUGUAAAUGGCAUUUUUCUUCUGGGGAUUUUGAGUCAUUGCAAAGAAAUCAAGAGAUUCUCAAAGUGCAUUAAUAACCUAAGAAAAGGUGACAGAAAAACAUACUUGUGGCUUGUGUUUAUGCCCUUCACCACUGUGCUUUGUGCAGGGCUAUCUGCUUGAGUGGUCCUCGACUUGGUGGGAUGGAGGGAUCACUAGACCUAUUCAUUAUGAUUUGUCUGUUUAAGAGAGAGAGUAGACUGUUUUCUCUGACUGUUUUUUUUUAAGGCUCUUUGUUUUUAGGUGCUGUUAGUAAAUGAAAAGAUGGGAACUAGUCGUUCUUUCCUGCUCAUAAUUUAUCCCCACUUGUUGGUGUGAAUAGUGUAGCAGCACCAUUAAUAGACCUCAUAAGUGUUCACAGAAUUUUAGAGUCCUAAGUGAUCUUAGAAACCAUUUUCAUUUUACAAAAAAAAAAAGGAAGCUGAGGCUCAGAAACAAAGUGACUUCUUAAAGUCACAUCAGAGAGUUGGGGAUAAAACCUGGAUGUCCGGCUCAGUUUAGAGUCUAUUGAAUUUUAUUUUUUUAUUUUGUUCCGUUCUUUAAAAAUAAUUAACAUGUACUUGUGCAAGUCCAUGUUUAUAAAAAUUCGAUGUCCCAACAGAAAGUUGUCGCUAAGGGACCAUUCCCCAGCCUAUAAGCUCUCCUGAUGAAUGGGGCCUAUUGUAUCUCUGAGUUUUGAGCUUGGAACAAUGGGAGCCCUGUUGAGAGUCUCCUGAAGUAACUUAACCUCCUGUGUUGUUUCACCGGGGAAGCAAUUGGAAGUGGCAGCUAGAGGCCCUCCCUGUGUGUGACCUCUUUGCUGAAACCCGUUGGGUGGUGACUGCAAAUUGCUGUUUACUAGUCAGUUUUUGGAGAAACACAAAAUAAGUUCUGAGGAAAAGCAGGUUUCUCUCCUGAGUGUUUACAUCUCUCUAUGCUCAAGCAUAUAGCUUUCCCCAUAUGCAUGUGUUUGCUUCUUUCCUAGGCUCUGGCUACUUACUCUUUCAUGUAUUUCUCAAUAUUCUUUUCCUUUGCAUUUUAUACAAAUUAAAAACAUUUUUAAAGCUUCA